AUGGAACCCAAGGGCGUGAGGCAGCCCAAUGGCUCCGGGCCGCCACAAGACAACGGAAAAACCGAUUAUUCAAGAUGGAGAUUGCGGUCCGAUGAAGGGAGGCACACAUGGCACUAUUUGAAAACAGACAAGGAGGUGGAGGAAUGGCCCCAGACUAUAGCCGAUAAAUAUCAUUUGGGUCUUCCCACAGUUGGUGCUGUCCAUGAAUAUGCAGCUGGACUUCCCGAACUGCCUCACCCCAAAACUCCUCUAGAUGCCGCUACGAACGGAUUAUCAUUCUUCUCGCACUUGCAAUUGCCUCAGGGUCAUUGGGCCUGUGAAUACGGAGGUCCUAUGUUUUUGCUUCCUGGGCUGGUUAUCACCUGGUACGUGACCAAAACGCCCGUCCCUCCGGAGAUUGCAACCGAGAUGAAACGAUACCUAUUCGCACGACAGCACCCAAAAGAUGGUGGAUGGGGUCUCCAUAUUGAAGGACAUAGCUCCGUGUUUGGCACGGCAUUGAACUAUACUGCUUUGCGCCUCCUUGGAGCUAGCUCUGAGGACUCAAAAAUGAUCAAAGCCCGCGGUUUGUUGCACAAGUUGGGCGGCGCAGUGUACGGUCCUCACUGGGCGAAAUUCUGGCUCAGUGUCCUAGGUGUGAUGGAUUGGGAUUGCGUCAACCCGGUGCCGCCAGAACUAUGGCUAAUGCCCGAUUGGGUUCCGUUUGCUCCAUGGCGUUGGUGGAUUCAUAUGCGUCAAGUAUUCCUGCCGAUGACUUAUGUUUACUCGAAACGGUUCUCGUACCCCGCGGACGACCUCACGAAACAAUUGCGCGAGGAGUUGUAUACCCAGCCAUACGAGUCUAUCAACUUUGCUUCCUACCGAGGCUCGAUCGCAAAGGAGGAUAACUACUAUCCCAAGACAUGGUUGCUGAAUUUUCUUUUCUGGUUUUUGGCAAAUGUUUGGAACGUCUAUCUCCGUUGGCCAGGUCUAGUCAAAACAGCGGAAAAUUGGGUGUGGUACCUGAUUGAGCGUGAAGAUGAAAAUACCGAUUACGCCGGGUUAGGGCCGGUUAACGCCCCCAUGAAUACUCUCUGUUGUUAUAUCCAUGAUGGCCCUGGGAGCUACUCGGUCCGCCGUCACCUUGACCGUCUCCAAGACUACUUGUGGAUGAAAAGCGAAGGAAUGCUUAUGAAUGGGACCAAUGGUGUCCAAGUAUGGGAUACUGCUUUUAUAGUACAAGCAAUUGUUGUAGCAGGGUUUGGGAAUGAUCCGAAAUGGCGACCAAUGCUUCAAAAGGCUCUAGAGUUUCUGGACGACCAUCAAAUACGGGAAAAUGUUCCAGAUCAAGAAAAAUGUUAUCGCUUCCGAAGAAAGGGGGCUUGGCCCUUCAGCACCAAGGUUCAAGGCUAUACCGUGAGCGACUGCACCGCGGAAGGCCUCCGAUCGACACUUCAGUUGCAGAAUCAACUCGGGUUCCCUGUUUUGAUAUCAGACAGACGUUUACAGGAUGCCGUAGACACACUACUGGAGAUGCAAAAUGAUACUGGCGGUAUCUCGGAAUAUGAGCCCAGAAGAGCUUCUCCAUACAUCGAAUUCCUUAAUGCUGCCGAAGUUUUCGGUGGGAUAAUGAUUUCCUACGAUUAUCCUGAAUGCACGACGGCGACUAUCACCGCCUUAUCAUACUUUAGCAAGUUCUAUCCAGAUUACCGGGCGGACGAUAUAAAGCGGGCUCGCGAUAAGGCUGUUGAAUAUAUCCGUCGUGUUCAACGGCCUGACGGAAGCUGGUACGGAAGCUGGGGAAUUUGCUUCACGUACGCGGCCCUAUUUGCGCUUGAGAGCCUUGCUAUGGUGGGCGAAACCUACGAGACCAGUGAAAGAGUUCGUCGCGGAUGUCAGUUCCUACUUGACAAACAAAUGGCUGAUGGCGGCUGGGGCGAAUCAUACCGUAGCUCUGAAUCAAAGGUUUAUACUCACUCCGAGACGUCGCAAAUGGUACAGACUGCUUGGGCAUGCCUUGGGUUAUUGGAAGCGGGAUACCCGGACAAGGAACCACUUCGGAAAGCAAUGAAACUGAUGAUGUCAAGACAGCAACCAAAUGGCGAGUGGCUACAGGAAGGUAUCGAGGGUGUUUUCAACCAGUCGUGCAUGAUCUCCUAUCCGAAUUACAAGCUUUACUGGCCGGUUAGAGCCCUUGGGCUUUACGCAAAGAAGUUUGGAAACGAAGAAAUUAUAUGA